AUGUCCGUCCUGUUCAGAUGUUAUCGUCGGCUGCCUUCAUCCUUCACUCUGGCUCGGUUCGUUUUCAACCAGAAUCUGGUUCGGAGUCAGCGGUGCUGUCUGGUCCGGGCGGGUAACCUCCCGGCCAGCCGGGCCUACUGCUCGGAGCGCGAUCAGAACCACCCGAAGCCGAAGGUGGUGGUGUUCGGCAUCCCGAACCCGUUCAUCUGGAUCCGGACCCGGAUCUGCUACUUCUUGAUCAGAACCUACUUGGACGAAGAGUUCAGCAUCGAGGAGUUCACACAGGGAGCGAAGCAGGUCCGGUACCAGAUCUGGGUUCUGGCUUUCUCCCACGUCUCCAGACUUUUGUCUCGGUGUCAGUUUGAGGCUCUGGAGGGCCUCGUCGCUAAAGAUCUGGUCAGGAAGCUGAAGCAGAAGUGCGGCUCGUUGCCGUGCAGCUACCAGAGAGCUCUGUGUGCCGAGCCGCAGGACAUGAUGUACACGAUGCUGGGAGACAUGGCCGUCUUCUUAGACCACAACGACAAGAAGAUCGUCAGCAUCCUGAUGCGGUUCUGGUACCUGACCAGCGUCAGUCUCCCUGACGACAGCAUGGAGGGAACCCAGAUGUUCACAGUGUCCAUCAGCGACGGAAAGACGGAGGUCAAACGGCUGCUCACCGCCAGCUACGAGUUCCAGAGGGAGUUCACCGAAGGUGUCGCUGCAGACUGGACCAUCACCCGAAUAGAACACUCCAAGCUGCUGGACUAGGCCGAGGGGCCGGUACUGAGGAUCGAUCCGGCCGCUUCUCCUCACCAGGAGCCCAGAGGGACGGAACCAGAACCGCCUGGACUGGAUUUGGGUCCGGUUCCGAGCGGAUG